CUACUUAUCAAAACCAAAAUGCCGCUUGACCGGUUUUUGUAUACUCACACAUAUACGGCGCAGCCAGUUCCUCGCAAAAUCACACCUACAGCUAUCGUUCAACAGGGUCUGACACUAAGUUACCUUAUUGUCCUCAAUCAUUUAACUUAAUAGUUUUUAAUCGAUAUUAUUUGGUAGUGUGUUGCGUGAAUAUAAGUGCCUAAAGCACCGCUCCCACCGGUUAUAUUAUAAUGGUUCAACAUUUUUAUACCCAAAGAUGGAAUCUUUGCCGAAACAAUUCGUUUCAGCGAUGCGAACAUUAUUUGAUAUAAUGGAUGACAAACAAACAGGGUAUGUUAUGUUAACAGAUAUAGAAAACCGGUGGCGAGAUGACCGUACCAAGGGAUUGCCCCAUGGAGUUAUUGAAAGCCUUCAAAAAGUUUCUUCCCAUGAUGGGUUUCUAACGUUUGAGAGCUUUUGUACUGGACUUAAGAUAUGCCUUUUACGGAAUCAGGUUCAAUCUUCGUCUAAGCAAAUAAGUAAUGAAGAAUCUGAUCCUUCAUUUCACCCUCAAGUGAGUGUUCAAGAUAAAAGGCCACCUUCAGUUCCCAUAAUGGAUAUUAAUAACCCACAACGAGAAAGAAACUGGACGUCAAUAAAAACAACAGCAUCACAUCGAACACAUAGCAUGCCACAUCUAGCUGAAAACAAAAACUUGCACGAAAAAUCGCCCCUCGAGACAGCCAUCUCCAAAUACGAUUUAUUACAAAGUGGCCACGGUCCCCCAAAGCCACCUAGGUUAGACAAACCUUCUAUCGAAGCUGUAGAAAAUACUAGAAUUUUUUCGGAAGCAGAAAACAUAAGAGAUACUAAAUUAGACAUACCAGAGAUAUCCAGAAUGUUAGAUGGUCAAGGAAGAGGAUUAGGGGAUGGACGGUCAGCAUCUGGAUCUCAGUCAUUCUUGAGCCGCACUACAUCGCGGAGAAGAGAGCCUCGUCGGCACACUCUACAUAAUGGGAUAGACUACAACCUUAUCAAAAAAAUGAAACAAAUAGAACAAGAGAAGGAUAUUUUACUUCAGGGACUGUCGGCUGUUGAAGAAGCUCGCGAAUGGUACCUUAAGCAAUUGGCGGAAGUACAAGAUAAAAUCCGUUAUACUGGACGAAUGGGCGCUUAUGUGGAACCCUGGAAUGAAGCACAGCAAGAGCGACUAGAACUUUUGCGAGCUCGAAUACUUGAACUCAACCGACAAUUAGGGGCGUUAGCUUCAGCAACCGGCUGGCGUCACUGGCCCUUGUCACUUCACAUGAACCUUGCGUUACCAGCGUCAAUAUUCAAUCCUCCUAAUAGCACACCAAAUAAUGCUACAGUGCUUAGGUCACAGAACAGGAUGCUGGCCGAGGAAGUUAACAGAAAGAAUGAAAGGAUAUCAAUAUUGGAACGAGAGAAAUCAGCACUCAUAAGAGAGUUACUACUUCAAAGAAAUAGAACUAAAAUUAUUGAUAACUUUGGCUAAUAAUAUUAUACAUAAGUAACCCUCUACAAUCUUUAAGGCCGAAUACGCGAGUAGCUCAGUGGUGCCAGCAUACAUACAGCAAUCUUCCAAAUGUUAUGUUCAAAAGCUAGCUGUGACCCACCACAAUCACAAGAAGUUGGCAUAUUAAUCAGUCCAUUUGUUUAAAAAUAAAUAAAUCCAAAAUUUUUGCUGGAACUGUCUAAAAUCUUAGUAUUAGUUUAGUUAAUUUUAACCUUGAUUGAAAAGGAGAAUGUAAAUUAGCAUGGGAACAAUAUAAUAAUUUUAUCUAACAUAAAUGUAUUUAAAAUUAGAUAAAUUUAUUAAUAUGUAUUAAGAAA